GGGUCUUCAAGAACUAAACCCAGGCCUGGCAAGCCCAGAAGCUGAUUAGCCUGGGAACGGGUACUAUAGGCUCCAACUCAUUGCCAACCCUAGCUUUCAGUUUGUAGAAAUGGGGCCUAUGGUCCAUUAUCCAAACCAUUGAUAUUUCCCGGCUGCAGUGUGGAUGGCCGAUGGACACAAAAAUACCCCAAAUAGAAAAAUCCUAACCCUUCAAUAGGUGUCCCAGAAAAAAAGAUGGUUGAGAAAGAAAAUCCGGCACUAUUCACAUCCAACAGAUCUUUCUUGCAGGUUGAACCCCAUCAGAUCAUCGCCAUGGUAGAUACCGAACAAUUUCCUACAGGCACUGAAUUGAUUGGCUCUACGAUAGAGCAGCUUGGCAAGGCAUUUGCUGACCUUGAAUCACUAAGGAAAGGUUCUUCUGAUCACAAGGUUCAAUGGAAGGAAAUUGAAGAGUAUUUUUCUGAUCUUGAGAGAACAUUGAAGAAGAGAUGUGAUGAGUUAGCAGAGAAGGAGAGGGUAUUUGAAGAGGAGGAAUCAGAGACUCGAGCAUUGCUUGUGCAGAGAGAGGCAGAAGUAGCUGCUAAAGAACAAGCUUCGUUGGACCGGCUGCAGGAGCUAAAGGAUGCUGCCGUUGCUGCUAUUUCAGAGGCACGUGAGAAAUACAAGAUGGAAUUUCCCGAGCCUGCCAUCAUCCAAACCAACAAAGCAGCCAAGGUAAGCAGCUCGUCCAACGGUGAUCCCAUUGCACCUGUCUCUGUCCCAGAGGAGAAAUCCCCUGAUAAAUCGGGAGGACAUGCCGACAUCGUGGCUGCUGAAGUUAAGCCCCGUCCUGAGCUGACGCAUGAGCUGAUGCAAUUUUGCGAGCAGAUGGACAUAAAAGGGAUUCUGAAAUUCAUUUCAGAUAACCGGAGAGAUCUCGCGGCCAUACGUGAGGAAAUUCCCAUUGCAUGGAAAAGUGCAACCAAACCAGCCCGUCUGGUUCUGGAUGCAUUAGAGGGCUUUUACCCUCCUGAUCAAACCAACCAUCAAGAAAACAAGAAGGAUGCAGCCCUUCAGGGCCUGCGAAGAUCCUGUGUUAUGUUGAUGGAAUCUGUGGCCCCAUUGUUGGUGGGUUCCGACUCUGAGCCAAGUGCUGAUCACCCUCUGAGCUCUGAAACUAAGCAGCAAGCCAAGGCAAUUGCUGAUGAGUGGAAAACGAAAUUGAUGAGUGCGGAUGUUGAUUCUGCCAAUGGGAAUUCAUUGGAAGCCCAGGCAUUCCUCCAGCUCCUUGCUACCUUUAGCAUUGCUUCAGAGUUUGAUGAAGAUGUACUUUGCAAGCUUGUCCUUGAUGUUGCUCAUCUCAGGCAGACACCUGACCUCUGCCGUUCUCUUGGGCUAACUCACAAAAUGCCAGGUGUAGUUGAAGAAUUGGUGAACAGUGGGAAACAGAUCGAUGCCAUCCAUUUUGUGCAAGCCUUCCAACUCACUGAAACCUUUCCCCCUGUACCUCUAUUGAAGACAUACUUGAAAGACCUGAGGAGAAAUUCCAAUAGGACAGGUGGGAAUUCAGGAGCCACCGUUAUGCAGGUGCAUAUUGGACUACAAAUUGAGAAUGAUGCAAAUGCACAGGAGCUUGCUGCACUUAGAGCAGUCAUUAGGUGUAUUGAAGAGUACAAGCUCGAAUCGGAGUACCCACUUGAUCCCCUUCAGAGACGCGUGUCUCAGCUGGAGAAAGCAAAAUCCGACAAGAAGAGGAUGGGGGAUGGAGCAAAGCCUCCGCCUAAGAGGCCUUGGCCAAAUGGAGGAUUCGUCCCCCGGAUGCCCUUUGUCUCUGCAGACAGACAGCCUCAGACUUACGGCAACAUGGGAGGGUAUCGCGGAGGUACAGCAAGGUACCAAUAUACUGCCAACUCAGCCACGUAUGACUAUGAGGUGGCGGGUCAGGGUGUCUAUGGUCACCAGCAAUCAAAUGCCCCACGACCAAAUUAUCACCCACAUGAGAGUGUCCCUGUUACCUCAUUUGGUGGUGCUUUGUCAAACUAUGGGUCCCAUACAGGGAGUGGGUUGCAGCCUUCCCACCAACCAUACAUGUAAUGUGAAUUACGAAGGAUUUUACGGGAGUCUUUUACCAUUCACAGGUUGAGGUUAGAGGAAAUGUGGUGAGGGUUUGUUUAAGACAGGUACAGGCUUCUUUCCUUUUCAAAGCUGUAGGUUUUCCAUAUUUCUUCCUUGCUGUAGACUUUUUUGGCAACUUGUAUACGUUAGCAGAUGCAGCAGUUCUAGUGUUCUUCGAAAA